CCCGGAAGUUACAGUAAAUAUAACACCAAAUGAAAAAGAAAAGGUAAAACAGGUACUUUGAAUCAUAUCUCCACCACUUCUGUGUGUCUGUUGAAGGCUGAUGUCCUGUCGCUCCGCAGUGCGACACUGAUUCAUUCAUUCACCGCUGAAAACACACACCAAGCCAUCUGAGGAUGCCAGUUUGGGCCCUGCGAAAAGAAAUAAUGUACUGGAUCCCCGGAGUGGUGGCCUCCUGGCUCAUCUAUCGCUGGUACAAGGACAGAAAAAGAGUGCCCAACAAGCAAGAUAAAUACGUCUACAUCACUGGCUGUGACUCUGGGUUUGGUAAUCUCCUGGCGACACACCUGGACAAGCUGGGCUUUAGUGUGAUUGCAGCUUGUUACACUGAGAAGGGUGAGGAUGAGCUGAAGAAGGUCGCUUCCGACAGACUGACAACUGUUCAUCUGGAUGUCACCGACUCAGAGAGUGUCUGCAAAGCAGCCGCUGUCAUCAAGACUCUGGUUGGACAGAAGGGUCUGUGGGCCGUGGUAAAUAAUGCAGGAGUUGCUCAUCCGUCUGGCCCCACUGACUGGCUCAUUGUAGACGACUACAAGGCCAUGCUUGCUGUCAAUCUGUUCGGUGUAAUCGAUGUAACACUGAGCGUCCUCCCUCUCAUCAAGAUGGCCAGAGGCAGAGUGGUGAAUGUCGCCAGCGUGUUUGGGCGAAUCACCCCAUUCGGUGGACCUUACUGUGUGUCCAAGUAUGGCGUGGAGUCCUUCAACGACAGUCUGCGUUUGAACAUGGCACCGUUUGGAAUCAAGGUGGCAUGCAUUGAGCCAGGCUUCUUCAAAACAAAUGUGACUGAUACAGUGAUCAUGAAAGACAACGUGAAGAAGCUCUGGGACAGAUUACCUCAGGAUGUGAAGGAUGACUAUGGACAAGAUUUCUUGGCAGAAUCUCUUGACAUGUUGGACCAGAGGUUUAGGAUGUUGACGGACGGCAACCUGAUGAAGGUGGUCAACUGCAUGGAGCACGCCGUCUCUGCGGUUCAUCCUCGUACUCGCUACUCUGCUGGAUGGGACGCAAAAUUUUUCUGGCUGCCUUUGACGUACAUGCCGACCUUCAUCGUGGAUAGACUCUUGCGUCAAAAUUGCCCCAAACUAAAAAUAUCUGGACUGUAGUUUCUUUCAGAUUAGUUGUUUGAGGAAGAAUUCGGGCGAACUUGAAGAUCACUAGUGUGUCUGUUACUUUUACUGCAAUAAAUGUUUGUACAUGAAGGAUUACCGGGUUACAUCAUAUAAACAUAUUCUUUAUCAUGAAA